GUUCCGUUUCAUAAACUUUGUACAGCUCGCACAUUUCCGUGAGAUAACACGCUUCUGCAGCAAAGAAUGCCUGAGGGUCCCGAGCUCCAUUUGGCCAGCCUGUUUGUCAACAGGAUGUGUGAAGGAGUUGUGUUUUCCGGAGCUGUGGAGAAGUCUGAAGUGAGCAAAAAUCCUGAGGUUCCAUUCUGCUGCGAUGCGUACUGCAUCAAAGCCCAAUCCAGAGGAAAGGAGGUCAGACUCACACUUUCACCCAUUAAGAGUGAAAAUUACAAUAAACGCAAGGUUAGUAAAGAUCAAUCCCAGCAGCCGAUGAAUGUGGUUUUCCGGUUUGGGAUGUCUGGGUUUUUCCGCUUCACUGCAGUAGACGAUCUUCCAAAACAUGCCCAUCUCCGGUUCUACACAAAUGAGACCCCACGCAAAGUUCUGAGUUUUGUGGAUCCACGCAGAUUUGGCAGCUGGCAACCACAUGGAAUCUGGCAACCAGACAGAGGACCUUGCAUCAUGUUUGAGUAUGAGAGCUUCAGAGAGAAUGUUCUUUCAAAUCUCUCUGACAAGGCCUUUGACAGACCAAUCUGUGAGACGCUGUUAAAUCAGAAGUAUUUCAACGGGAUUGGAAACUAUCUUCGAGCAGAGAUUUUGUACAGAUUAAGAAUCCCUCCGUUUGUGAAGGCACGGACAGUUCUGGAGGGACUUGAACCAGAAGAUGAGGAGAAAAAGAUAGUUAAACAGGAAAUUACAGUUUCAGAGACAGCGGAUACAAGUAAAAAGAAGGGGAUAGAGGCUGAGACCCCAGACCUUCUCUCUUUGUGCCACACUGUUCCUUUGGAGGUGGUGAAAUUGGGUGGAAAGGGCUAUGAUCCAGAAAAAGCUGAUUAUUCCACUUUUCAAGCCUGGCUGCAGUGUUACUGCGUGAAUGGAAUGAAUUCAUUAUGGGAUCACAACAGGCGGACAAUGUGGUUCAAAGGUGAUCCUGGUCCAAUGGCCCCCAAAGGUUCCAAGUCUCCCAAAGCAAAGUGGAAAAUACAAAAAGAUGAUCAUGAUUACACUGAUGCAAAGAAAACCAAAAGGAAAUGCAUUGACAAAGCUGCAGGUGAAAAGCCUGUCAAGCAAACUGCAAGCAAGAGAGUAAAGAAGGAAACUAAAACAUCCAAACCACAAAGUGGCUCAAAAACACUGAAAAGCAGCAACAAAAGAGUCAAGGCAGAACCUGCAGAUGAGAUUAAAAAACCUAAAACAGUUCCUCUGAGGACUAGAACUAACAAAAUUAAAGGCCAAAAUGGGGAGGAAAAGAUAAAAGAAAAGAAGUCUGUCACCUGUAGGAAGGAGAGAACAAAAGCAAAGCCUCAGCGGAGAAGUGGCGGUGCAAAACGAGGACGCACCAGAUGAUGGGAAUACAUUUUAAAUUGGAGACACUACUGUAACCAUCCAUUUUUAUAUUCUGCAGUCAUUUCAUAAUCAAUAUCUUUAAAGAAAAUAUAACUUUUAUAUACAGUAUGUUUGUAAUGUAAAAUGCCUGCUUUGGUGCCCUAUUUUUUGUAAUGUGACCCUCUUCAAAUCAACCAUCUUGACCAUUUUUUUUAAUGUUGCUUACAAUUGAUUAAAGACAUAAUUAUAGGAAUUGAAAUA